AUGAACUCUAUGAGUAACCAUCCGAAGUUUCUUCACUUUCUACUGUUUGCGAGCGUUGCUAUCGUUGCAUGCACUGAGCCUGACAUCGCAGAUACGCUAACGGUAAAUGCAAAACCAUUGGAGUCAAUUGAAGAGAGAAUUGGGCCUGUCCCUGGUGAAGCUCAGGCAGGAUGGUUCGUACGUUUUUUCAGAGCCAUUUGGGGGAAAAUCGCACGAACAUGGUUGGUCAAAUGGUUGAAUCCAAGUUUGCAUAUGAAAUACGCAAAAGAUCCAGUGGUGGUCGCCACAAACCUCUUUCACGAUUACGGAUUAGGCAGUGUGAAGGAGAACUUAUUCGUGAGCGAACCGUUCAAGCGUUGGUCUGGUGUCAUCAAUGACGUCUAUAAAGAUGAGCCUAAAAAGGGAUACAACAUAAUGGUUGAGGUGCUGGCGAAUCAAGAUACGAACAAGCUGAUCGAUUCCAUGAUACAGACAGAGACUUCCUUGGACUCGACACCCUUGAUAAAAGGAAUCAAGACAGCGAUACUUGACAAGGCUUUUCGUGACAACAAACUUGAGAACGUGUUUGAGAACAACAUUAUCCAAAAAUGGUAUCGCUCUUCAAAAAAAGCUGUUGUUGAAGAAAUUGUAUCUAAGGUGAGAUCAGAUGUGCAACUGAUUGUCGACAGCACGAUGAUUGACACGUCAACAUUCAAUGGUGAUGCGAAGGCUAUUUCCGAGGACGUGAUGGCCAUUUUGGAAGACAUUCAAGAUGACUUAAUCUUGGGUCAUGCCAAGAAAUUUUUUGGCAAUGCGCUCCUUCCAACCCCUGAAGACAAAGAAAAGUUCAUGCUUGGCAAGUCACAUGCGUCACCAACUCAAAUCGAUAAAAAUAAUUUGAACACACCAAUUAUUGCACCAGUCUCAUCGAUGCAUUCUUCCAUUCCGAAGACCAAUGACCUGAAAAGAUAUCCAUUCAAUCCAGUCUUAGAACAAGAGACUCCUUUCAUAAUUUUAUUCUUGCAUUCGAAUGGAUAUGAUCCAUACAGAGAGAUGGUCAAUCAAUGGGUCAAUCAGUAUGGAAUACAACGCACUUUGGACUAUAUUCACGAAGCAGAACAAGUCUCGGAUGAAGAGUAUAUCACAUUACUUGCAAAUGCUGCAAGCAAACACUUUGAAAACAAGAAAGACAACGUUCCUGCAUUUCGCGGAUCUCCCGAUGCCAUUCCGCCUGAUAUGACUCCUGUUGGUGGGGCACCUAGUGACAAGCCUCUUUCGCCACCUGUUGACCAGCCACUUCCCCCACCUGGUGAUAAGCCUCUUCCGCCACAUCAUCAACACCAUUCUGGUCAAUAG